CAGAGGCUUCUGUGGCGUGAGAGACGGGACUGACGGCGCACGAAGCUCGUAGUAGCUUUGACCUCAUACCAGAAACUCUUCUGUUCACCUGUUAGUUCCUCUUCCGCCUCCGCCUUGUAGGGUGGAGUUGUUUCUACCUGGAUUCUGACAGCAGACAGAAUAACUAUAUUUGGAUUCAGUAAUGCUGUUUCAGUCUGAAGUGUUUUUUGUCGACAUUACACAGGAAUGAGCCAGCAGCCGCGAUCAAACCGGGGGCACCGGGAGAGGAACGGAGACCACCGGCAGCACAAUGGCGACCGGUCAACACCAUCCAACAGGUCCUCCUCAUCACCCCCAUAUUACCCCCGAGAAGCUGACUCACAUCCAAGUCAUGCACGGGAACGAGUGAAUCACAGUGACUCCAAAUGGAACUACAUUUGCUCCAGAAGAGGUAUCAUCCUGAUCUGCGCUGUGCUGACCAACGCCCUGGUCCUCAUCUGUGUGGUCGCAGCUCAGAUGGUUACGUCGGGAAUGUCCUCGGCAGCCAGCAUGGGCGGCUUCAACCUCAACUCCAACAUCAACUUUGAGGGUACUGAGCUGCAGAAGCUACGAGAACUAGACAUGCAGUAUAACCAAAUGAGGGCACCAAGCAUCUAUGGCGGCAUCCCCUUCAGCCUCACCUUUGGAAUAGUCUCACUGCUGUUUGUGGUGUCUGGGAACAAACCCCCCCACCGGAUGUCGCGAAAGCUCCUGUUUGGAGCGCUGGUCUUUCAGGCGGUGGGCGCAGUGGUGUAUGUGGUGGCUGUCGGCCUCUACCUGCACUUCAUGAUCAAAGUCAACUCCACAGAUGUGUGCAAGCAGCGGGAGAUUCUGUAUUCGCGGAACGGCUACACCUGGAUGAACUGUAACGUGAGUGGGGCCGAUGCAGCUGUGGCUCUGUUCGGACUCAUCACCGCCAUUCUGUACAUUGCUGGCACAGUGCUCACUUUCCAGACCAUUCAGCACGUGAAGCGUUACCUACAGGAACAAAAGCGGCGGGAAGAGGAGAAAAAGCAGGAUCGGAACAACCCACAGAGGGCUCCGCUGUGGGCCGAGACCACAUCUGUGUGAGGGAGACUUGUGUACUGUGGUUAAGGGGACACUUUAGUUUCUGCUACAAUGACAUCUGAACUGAUUCAAAGAGGAUUGGCUCCAAAUGUGUAAGACUGACAGACGGAUCACAGGAAACAUUUAAACUUACAACUCUUCAUCGUCUCCACAUGGACACAGCUACUUUGUAGUUUAAACUACUUCUGUGUUACUGCCCAAAAGUGACUGUGUAUCAGGGGACAUAAACAGUACAGUGAGGUAGCACUAAUGUGCUGCUGUGGCUUAGUUGGAUAAAAAAAAAAAAAAGAAAAAUCUUGCAUAGCUAGAAUACAUUUGGGAUUAAAACAGUACAGUUGAACACUAAAACUAAUGUAUGACAACUAAACCUGCCUAGUACUUAGUGAAUUUAAUGUCGUUCCCUCAGGCACUGUAAUACAUGGAUGAAUAUUAAAGCUUUUCCACUUAUGGAGAGAACUAGAAAAUAAAGUGAAGACUCAGCCAUCAUUCAUCAGCCCCACAUAUUGUUAGUUAGCUCAGAAAAUGAAAUGUAUUAUGUUGGCUUUUUAUGCACAUUCUCUCUCAUUUUUGUCAAUUUUUAUGUAGAAGUUUUUGUAUGUGUCUUUAAAAAAAAAAAUAAAAAAAAAUCUUCUAUCCAAAUGUAACUUUGUUCUCAAAUGUGUCAGUUAUCUCAGGUAAUGCUGAACAUGACCGGCUUGUGUAAGUUAAAUCGCUGAGUAAAUCUUCAAAUGGCCUGUUUUACUGUUGGAGAUAGUUUUCUAAUAGUAACAUGUACACUGCUUAAUGUUUUUUUUUCUACCAGUUUGCAGCAUUUUAUCUACUGUAAUUAAACAGACUAUGAUUCCAUUUAAAA